AUGCGGGCGACACUCAUCCAAGAGCCGUCGGGCGUUCUGACAUGGAACGAGCCUGACCAGAUGGAGGACUACGAGUACUGGGGCGACGAGUAUGUCGAGGCGCAGCCUAGCUUUGCUCUUCGACCUGCUGCCACCAGCCAUGGAGCCAAGGUCGUCAAAGUUCAGAGGUCUGUCUACCGAGUUUUGGGCGGUCAUCUGAAAUAUGGCUCAGUCGAAUUAAUCAGGACUUAUAAACCGCAAAAAAAAAAAAUGGACAGUUCCGUUUGUUUUGAAUCUUGUUUUCGGCUGUGACAGCGGCUUGGUUGAGGACGAAUUUUGUUUACAUUGCUUCACUGGCUCGAAAGUACUCCCUCGAAACCACUCGAACGGCCAAAACUUCUUUUUUCGAGGUUCCUCUCAAUUUUACUAGUUGCACAAAUCUUUUUUUUUCGAGCUUCCUGUAGAAUUUCAUUUUUUUUUCAUUCGAUUUGAUAGGUUUGAGAUCCUGGGAUUUUUAACUUAUUUUCCUAGAAAAAGCGAAAAAAAAGUCCAGUUUGAAUGAGAGUUGAUUAUGGUGCAACUUUAUUUUUCAAAAAUAUCCAAAAUUUUCAAAAUCAAUUUUCGGGAAAUUCAUUUGAGUGUAAACGAAGAAUGACCAUAAAAGGGCUUCUCUUCGUUAGCACUUCUUGAAACGGAUCUUUAAGGAUAUUUUUUGUCUCUGCGAAGAUUUUUUUACCUACUCCCCUUUUUUGUUGCAUUCCGCAAAAACCAUAUAUUGAAAAAUUCAGAAGAGAAAAGUGAAAAGAAUAAUAGGAAAGUCGACGCCCAGAGGCGGUAUCAUUGCAAAGAACCGAAUCGAUUCCUCACCUUCUCUUGUCAAUAAUACGGCUCCUGAGUUUCGCGUUACUUUUUUUUCCGCAUUCUCAAUUAUUCCUGACUAUUUUGGUGUAGAUAACUGUGCGUGAAAAAGUGGACCAAGUUUCUAGAAUUUCGAACAAUUUAUUUUUGUUUGGUAAUUUUUCAGAACUUCAGGCACGAAUUUAAUUCGUUCUUUUAUCGCGAUGGUCAAUAUUUGAAAAGAGAUAGAAAUUUGGUACCAAAAAGGCCAUUCGUCCAACAAGAAGGAAAGGUGAAUUUUUCAUCACCUCAAUCGCGAAUUAAUAAAAAAAUGUUUGCAGCUAUCCAUUGGAUUCCUUUCUUUACAAACAAAAAAAAUUGAACCGGUUUCCAAUUUCACCAAUUGCGCAAGUUUUGAAAAACUCGAAAUUCGACUUAACGACCUCAAUUGGUUUUUUUUUUUGCCGUUCUUUCCGACUUUUCUGAAGUAAUCUGUUUUGGCGCUUUGGCAUUGGAAAAAUUGAAUAAUUUCUGUCCCUGAAUGUGUCAUUCAUGAGCAGUGAUCCAUAAAUUUUUCCUCUGUUUUCAAACUAAAAAUCUGCUAUUGUCACCAGUUACAAUCUCAUGCAAAUUUAAUAUCAACGAAUAGAGGAACAAGUGAUAAGAAAGUUUCCAAUUGGUGAAACGAGCCACUUUUAAAUCAUUUACUUAAGGACAACAGUAAAAAAUCCAAGUUAUCGUAUUUCAGCAAUAAUGAAUGUUUCAACGGUUCCAAGGUGACUUCGACUUCGAAGUACCACUUGAUGAUAAAACAGUUCUCAGUCAUCAUGAAACUUGAUAAAUUGGCGUAAAAGCUUAUCAAUUUGGCGGAGAUUCUCCGGCUUUACACGUACGCUUCAGAAAUUAUUUAUAGCAAAAGUUUGGUGCGCUACAGAAGUUGAUCUUUCAAACAUAAGUGCGCGACCAGAAUGGUUUUCCAACAAAAGAAACGAAACAAAGGUGUAAAAUUAGGAAAGGAAUCAGUCAAAAGUUCACUAAAAGCUAGGUUUUCCAGACUACAUGGUAGCUAUAUUCAAACUGCUUUUUUGUACAAUGCCCAUAAGAAGAAACUUUCUUAUAAGGAAGUUCAUUUCAAUCUGCGGUUGUGAAUUUCCUGAAAAUUGACUAAAGCACUCCUUGAUGUACCAGAUGAAGAUUCUGGAAGUCUCAACCUGCAUAGCUUCUCAGUUUUUGAGAAAUAGGGCCGACAACCCCUAAAUAGCCUAUUUUAUCGAAUUUUGAGAGUUCUCUUUGAUUUUUAGGCAUCCUUUCUCAAAAAAGAGGAAGUUGUACAGGUUGAUACUCUUAGAAUCUUCUCCUGGCACAUAAAGGAGUGUUCUAGCUUAUUUCCAGGAAAGCCUCAACGGCAAAGUAAAUGACCUCUCUUGUUAAAUAUUGUUGUUUUCUUUUCAAAUAAAAGCUUUUCAGAAUGCCCCUGGCGCGCGAGGUGAUGCUAGCGGCGGCGUCGGCGUCAACCACGUCGUACUUGAUGAAGGAGCGAGUCGUUACGGCGGCUCUACCGACGGGUAACAGCGGCGAAGCGAUAUGUGCUGUCUGCGGUGAUGACCACGCCAAACUGCACUAUGGAGUGAUCAAAUCGACUGACGUUAUCCUAAAAAACGUUUUUUAAUCUAGGUUCUCGCCUGCUACGGGUGCAAAGGCUUUUUUCGGCGGACGCUCACUGGCAAGUACCGUUAUGCUUGUCGUUUUGGAAACAACUGCAUCGUCGAUAAAUGUCAGAGUUUGUGUCGUAUUCGAAGUAGUUUUGCAAAAUUCAAAACCAUCUCUGACUCUCCAUUUUUUAAUUAAUUUCUUCACUCUCUGAUGGUUAUUUCGAGCUUUGCGGAGUCACGUUGAACACUAGAAGUAUUAACAGUCCUUUCGACGCGGAGAAACUUCUGAGUUUACUUCGUGGGAUGACUUAAUUGACUGCGCUAGCUGAUUUUUUUUUCUCUCUUACCUGAGCUAUUUUGUUUGCGACCCAAAAAAUAAUCGAAAAUCGGUUUCAGUUCAAAGAAACAGCUGUCGAUACUGCCGGUUUCAACGAUGUAUCGAGGUUGGGAUGGAUCCAAAAGCGGUGAGGCCGGAUAGAGAUUUGACGGGAAAGCAAAAAGUUCCACGAUUGAAAAAGAAGCCGCUGGAUGAGGAGCUUCUCAAUCAUAUGGUUCGUGGUAUUUCUUUUCUUACUUUAUGUGUAAAAAAAAACGUUUGUCACGAUUUCUCAAGUCAAAAGAAAAUCAAAGUUUACUCUUUUCGAAUCAUUCUCUAGUUCUUCUCAUGUUCAGAAUAUUUUUGAAAAUUUCCUCAAGUUUUUUUUUAGUUGUGAGUUUUUUGUUCUUAGAUGCGGUUGCAAGGCGACGAUUGGUCACGAAAGUUGCCUGUUGAAACGCGAAUUCUACUCUUGCAACUGAUGAGCAUUGAGGACAAGGUCAGUCGGAAACUUCGAACGUUUCGAUUUCCACUUUCACAGGUCGCGAAAGGUGAUAAUAGUAUGAGCGCUCAAAACACGGCUAAAGAUCCUAAGAGUAUAACUCUGAGAGAGAUGUUCGAGUCGAAGCCUGCGUUGGAUGGUCGGCGAAUGGAGGUUCAAAUUUUUUCUGAUUUGAUAAUAAUCUUCAUGAAUGAUUUUUCCUUUUCAAUUCUAAAAGUCUGGUUUUUCACUAAUUUUUCUUUUCGCAUAACUGGAUUUGAGUAACAGAAAGUGAGUAUAAGCCAUUCCGCGCCAGCUUGUCAAAAUUUUUUUUCGAGAAUAAUUUCGUUUGAAGCGUUCGGGAUCUUUCUCUGCUUGCGUCUUUCAUUUGGCCUGAAGUUUCCGUUGUAUCAAAGGCGAAGACAAAGAUAAUAUCGCGCGCAUCGAAGGAAAAGGAUCUGUAGCUCAGAGGAAACAAAAAAUCGUAAAAAGCUGACGCGGAAUGAGCUAUAGCUGAGUAUUCAUUUCUCCUCAAAUUUAGACGAGGUUCUUCGAUAAAUUCUCGACAAUCGUUUCAGAUGCGAUAUGAGCCGUUCCGAAUGGCACGAACAGAAGAACUGUCGGUGAUUGCCCACCGACGAGCGAUCGCCGCCGUCGACUGGGUGGACAGUCUGACCGAGAUCGCCGACGCCGUAGAGACGGAAGACAAGGUGGCCCUCGUGAAGAACUGCUACUCGCCGCUCACCAUCUUCAACUUCUCAGCCCGGACCGCCCAGAACACCAAGAAUCCGGACAUACUUUGCCUCUGCAGUCAUUCCUACGUGCCGCGCAAAUUGCCGCCCGAAUUCAACGAGACAAAGUGAGCUGUUCACGCUCUUCUUUUUCCCCCAAGUCUGAAGUUUUGUGCUAAAUUGUCUUAUCUUCACCAUGUUCAUCAAUUGUGUCUUACUAGAGUGUUUGCAAGAAUAUGAAGUUCCCAUUAAAAAUAUUUUGAUGAUUAUCGACUCCAAGGAAUGGAAAAAUUCGAUCGGUUUCAUUAAUUAAUAUUUUUAAGGUUUCACUGUGCUUUGCUCAUUAAAGAUAAAGUCCAAUCAAAACUAACCCCUCUUUCCAGGCUUACUGACAUUUUUUUAAAAGCGAAAUCCAACCCUACCCACUAUGUCAUAAACGCAUUUAGGUGCGCAUAUUUCAGCCACCUCUCGAACGUACUCAUCGACAGGACGUUGAACGAGUUGGUCACGCCGCUCCGGAAACUCAAUCUAAAAGAAGAGGAAAUCGUGCCGCUCAAGGCGAUAAUCAUCCUCAAUCCUAGUUGGUUUUUUUCUUACAUUAAAGGAACAGAAAUUUGAUAAUAUUGUAUCAUUUGAUCUUACAUUAAUCUAUUCAUCUUCUUUUCACACAAAAAUCUGAAAAAAAAGAAAAUUUGACAGCCCAGCUUUUUUUUGUUUGUUUCAAUAUUAUUAGAAGUCAAUAUUAUAAUAUUUUUUGAGGAAGAUGGAUUAAAAAUUAACAAUGGAGAGUUGAGUUUGGAAUAAGCGUAAAAAUUUUACGGAUUUUUUCUUGUGUUUACGUUAUAACGUUCCGUAGUUUGAACUUUAUCAUUGCAAUAAAAAGAGUUUUUUUGCCAUCUUUGAGCAGUUAUAACUCUCUGAUACCUGUUAUGUACAGAAGUGUACAAUAUUUUGACCAGAAAAAAAAUGUUGAGUUUCAGACUCCAAAGGACUAUCUGAUCAUGCCAGAACGGUGAUUGGCGAACUUCGCGACAAGGUCCAGGAUAUGCUGUUCCAGAUCGUCAAAGAGCUGCACCCCAUCUACUCGGCGAGUAGUCGAUUCGGCAACUUGCUUCUCCUCUUGCCGACAAUCACGGUAAACCAGAUAAAUUUUGUCAGCCAUUUGCAAUCACGUUUAGACGCUUUCUGGACUGAUGUCGGAAAACAUGCAGUUCUGCCAGGCUUUUGGCGCUCGUCACAGCGGCGAUCCGCUGCUGUCGGAGAUGUUUGGAGACCAUAUUUUCGAUGAUCAGAUCAGCUCGUCCAUCAGUCCUCCGCUUUUUGAAAACCCUGCCGAGAUUAGUCUUGAGGUGGAAAAACACCCUGCUUUUUGUUUGUUGGACUUUUCGAGAAUCAAAGACUUUUUUCUGGCUACUAGAAGUCGGCCAAAAAAAGUCGAUUCGAUUCAGCAUUUAGUUAACAAACAAUAACUGGAGUUUGGACGCGAAACUAUGAACUCUGCGCCAGGAAAGAUAAAUAAAUAGGGCAAAAAUAUCCAAAAAAAUAUAGACCGACUUUUCUUUCGCGGAUUUUGAGGAUGAAAUCUUUUUUUUGAGAGCACGUCUGAGCAAGAAUGAGCAAUUUGGAAUUUUAGAGUAUAUCACCGCCAAUGCUUGACCCGCCGGCGCUAGUCUCGUCAACGAUCCGCAGCCGACUGAGCUUCAACCGUAGAACGGACGCCAGCACUCAAACUAAUGGCGAAUUCACUUCUCCAGUACAUUCAUCAUCAUCGAAUUCUCUCAUCAAUGCGGGAUAUUCACCACCAAUCGUUAGUUCAUCAACUUUUUGUUUUUCAAAGAUAGAAAAAAAAAAGUGGGAGCGAUUUUAUACGUCGUUCGGGCAGUUUGAUUAUGAACAAAAUUGAUUGUGUAGUUUCAUGCCAAUUUUCACGCAAGACCGUUUUAGAUGUCGUCGCCAUUUUCCUCAUUAUUAGACGACGCCGAUUCAACGUUUUCGCCUGACGUCAACCUUUCCGACCUCGGCAACUGCGACGAUUUUCUUUCGCUUCUCCAAUGA